UAGGCUUAGGACUCUGUGAUCCGGGCGGGGCUGCGCCACGCAAUGAAGUGUCAGUGUGUUCGCGCAGAGUGAUCACUGUCCCUUGGGUCGCGGGAGCGCGCCCUCUACCUGCCGGUUUCAGGUCUCCAACUUGGCAUCUAGAGUAGAUAUUGUCCUCGGUGUAUAGCUCUCUCCUCUGCCAAACAUCCCAAGAUGAAAAGAGGGAUAUCACAGCAAGACCCGCCAGAACUUGAAUUCAAACCUUUGGUAGUGAUAGAACUUGCAAAAGAUGCCAAAGCAGAGACCAGGGAAUGGCUUGUCAAGAAAAUUAUGGACAAGAAGAAAGAUGGAGGUUGCCAGCUGUUAAUCAAAUCACUCACCAUAUCAGAAGAGGACAAUAUUUAUGUUGUUGGCGCCUCUCCAAAGCGCCUCCUAAUAGGAGCCGAGGCAGCUGGGCUGGUAAAAGAAUGUGAGGACGGAUCUAUGAGGCCUUUCAUAUACAACAACCGCAAGGAAUACAAAAAUUUUAUUGAAGAUGAUGAAGACUUCAUUUCAAUGGCAGAAUGUCAGUAUAUCAUUAAACACGACCUGGAUAAUCUUCGAGCGCAAGAUGAAACAAGUAUUCCCGGCUAUCCUCAAGCGAAGCUUUACCCUGGGAAAUCAAUCCUUCGAAGACUACAGACUAGUGGCGUCCUAGUCCAGGUUUUCCCACUUCAUGAUAAAGAAGAUUUAAAAAGACUUACACAUCAGUGGUACCGCCAGAUAAGGAUUGGCUUCCAGCCUAUAGAUCAAAUCCGUCGGUACUUUGGAGACACUAUUGGACUCUAUUUUGGUUUCUUAGAAUAUUUUACCUUGGCUUUAAUCCCAAUGGCUCUCAUUGGCAUACCUUACUAUUUCUUUGCAUGGGAGGACUAUGAUAAGUAUGUGAUUUUUGCUACAUGCAACCUAGUGUGGUCCACGGUUAUCCUUGAGAUCUGGAAGCGCUACAGCUCAGCUAUGACAUACAAGUGGGGUACGCUGAUAAUGAAGAGGGAGUUUGAGGAACCAAGGCCAGGUUUUCAUGGGGUGCUAGGCAUAAAUCCUGUUACAGGAAGAAAAGAGCCUACCUACUCCAGUUUGAAGAGACAGCUUCGAAUUUAUCUUGUCUCUGUUCCCUUUGUGUGCGGAUGCCUUUACCUUUCCAUCUAUGUCAUGAUGAUUUACUUUGAUUUGGAGAAUUGGGCUAUAGAGUACGACGAGGAGCAGAAGAGCACAUUUAGCAGCCUACUGCUUUUUGUGCCUAGUAUCAUCUACGCUGUUGUCAUCGAAAUCAUGAACCGCUUAUACAAAUUUGCUGCAGAACAUCUUACUUCUUGGGAAAAUCACAGAUUAGAGUCUUCCUAUCAGAACCACUUGAUAUUAAAGGUCUUAGUGUUCAACAUAGUCAAUUGCUUUGCAUCACUUUUCUACAUAGCGUUUGUCAUGUGUGAUAUGAAGCUGUUACGCCAGAGUUUGGCAACUUUACUUAUCACAUCUCAGAUCCUUAACCAGUUUGUGGAAGCGCUGCUUCCAUACUGGCUGCAGAAGAGGUACAACCGGCAAAUAAAAAAGAAGGUGAAAGCAUUGAAAGUGGACACUGAUCUCCCCUUAUUGGAGCAAAUUCAUCUGGAGAAACAAAUGGACACUUAUUUGGGCACAUUUGAUGAUUACUUGGAGUUAUUCCUACUAUUUGGCUAUGUGAGCCUCUUCUCGUGUGUCUAUCCUCUGGCAGCUGUGUUUGCUGUACUUAAUAACCUCACAGAGCUGUACUCGGAUGCGUUAAAAAUGUGCCGUGUCUUUAAGCGCCCGUUUUCGGAACCCUCAGCCAGCAUUGGAGUAUGGAUGUUGGCCUUUGAGACCAUGGGUAUUAUAUCGGUAAUUACGAACUGUGCACUCCUCGGGAUGUCCCCGCAAGUCAAUGCAAUGUUUGAAGAUUCUAAAAUGGACCUGAUUUUGACAGUUGCUGCUAUAGAGCAUGCUCUGCUAGGGCUGAAGUUCAUCCUGGCGUUUGUAAUCCCUGACAAGCCAUACGACAUCCAGGUGAAAUUGGCACGGAUAGAAUUCGAGUCGUUGGAAGCUCUCAAAGAAAAACAGCAAAUGAAGCUUUCUUCUGAGUCAGUUACUGAAGACAGUGAUGCCAUAUACAGUUGAAGAAUGGAA